AUGGCAAGAGAUAAGGAAGAAGAUGAUGAGAUAGGAGAGGAGAAAGAGGACCCAAAAUGCCCGACAAUUCUUUUUACCGCGGCGGAAAAGUCUAAGUGGCGCCGAGAGUGGCGUUCGGCACUGGUGGUGAAGGGUUUAGGUAGAAGAGUCUCCUAUAUGACGUUGGCUCGCCGACUGAAUGCAAUAUGGGCUAGACAUGGAGAGGUACAGAUCUCGGACAUGAGGAACGGAUGUUUUUUAGUACGUUUUCGUAGCCAGAAGGACUAUGAAUGGGCGACGAUGGGUGGACCAUGGCUACUGGGAGAUACCUACUUGACGGUUCAUAGAUGGUUUAAGGGUUUUAACCCGUGGAAAACUGUGGUGACAUCAACAAUGGUGUGGGCUCAAUUGCCUGAGCUGCCGAUUGAGUUCAUCAACAAGGAAGCCGUGAUGAAGAUUGCUGAAUGGCUGGGAAGACCGGUACGUGUGGAUAGAGCGACUGAACUAGGUGCCCGAGGAAAGUAUGCAAGGGUAUUUGUUGAAGUUGACCUAACGCAGUCGCUGCUAUCACAAUUUAAGAUUGAGGGAGUCACAUAUCUGGUCCAAUAUGAGGGCUUGGAUGAUCUCUGUACCUGA